CGGGACCGGAACGUACAGCUCUGCACCGUUAUGCAGUCACCAUGUUCAUCCAUAAAUUGGGUCGUAAAGCGCAUGGCUCCUAAGCGUCAUCCAAGAUUUAGAAAAAAGCAAAUAUCCUGAUACGAAACAUACCAUCAUAAUGGCGCCCGCCUCCUUCAAGCUGAAUACUGGCCAGGAAAUCCCGGCCGUUGGAUUUGGUACAUGGCAAGCGCAGAAAGGGGAGGUUGAGAAAGCAGUGGAGAUUGCCUUGAAGUCUGGCUACAAACUCAUCGAUACGGCUUACUGCUACGACAAUGAACAUGAAGUGGGAAAGGGGCUCCAGGCUGCCUUCGACUCGGGCAUCAAACGCGAGGACAUCUUUGUGAUUACAAAACUAUGGAAUUCAUACUCUACGCGUGCAGAAGUUGGCCUAGACAAGUCCCUCAAGGCCCUUGGUCUGGAUUAUGUCGAUCUUUAUCUCGUACAUUGGCCUAUUGGUGUGAAUCCAAAUGGAAACGACGACAAAUUUCCCAAGUUACCUGAUGGGAGCCGCGAUGUUCUCUGGGAUCACGAUCAUGUUGAAACCUGGAGGUCCAUGGAAAGGCUGCUAGAGACCGGGAAGACCAAGGCAAUUGGGGUUUCGAAUUAUAGCAAGCCGUACCUGGAGCAGCUGCUCAAACACGCCAAGGUUAUUCCGGCCAUGAACCAGAUCGAAAAUCACCCCCAGCUGCCACAACAGGAGGUUGUAGACUUUGCCAAUCAGAAAGGCAUCCAUAUCGCAGCUUACAGUCCAUUCGGCAGCACUGGCAGCCCGUUAUUUCAAAAUGAGCACGUCCAGCGAAUCGCUCAGCAGAACGGAGUCAGUCCCGCAACGGUUUUGUUGAGCUGGCAUGUUGCUCGAGGCACCACUCCGCUCGCCAAAUCCGUAACGAAAUCGCGCAUUGAGGAAAACCUAAAGAUCAUUGAUCUCAAUUCCGAGGAUGUGAAGGCUCUGGAUAACUAUGUGGCCAAUAGCGGCGACCAAAAAAGAUAUGUCUACCCACCUUAUGGUGUUAAACUAGGCUUUCCAGACCAACCUGAUGGGCGAAGCAUGCCAAAUGGCGUCUAGAUGAAUUUCUUACUCCGAGCAACCCCAGAAAGUAGUUAUAUAGGG